UUGUUUUUUAUUGCUUCAAGCCUUGGAGCCAAGUUAGAAUUUUAAUCUCAAAUAUAGCCUAUUGUAUUCUGCACAUUUAGAUAACUACAAGAAAAGACAGCCAAGGGAGUUCUGAUGCACCAACAAUCCAGAUCAACGACAUUGAGUUAAACAUCAGCAAGUCACCCAUCAAUGGCACUCUCCACAAUAGUGUUGGGGACCACUACAAUUCCAGCAGCACUCUCGUUGCCAAUGAAACACACAGUCCUAUUGGCUCUCGCAGCAGUACUCCAAUACCACCCAUACACACCAAUGGUGAUCCCGGUGACAGUGGAUUUGGUAUGGAGGAUGUUGGCAGUGACACCCUUGAAUCCCGUAAUUUAUCUCCUAUUUCGGAAAAUGAACUUUCUUCACAUCUGUCAGUAGCCAGUGACUCAGAUUACUCUGUCAGUUCAAGAAGUAACUUAUCAGAUGCAGAUGACACAACAGAAAUAAGCUACUUUGAGAACGUAGCUCAGGAUCUGAAUUCUAGUAACAGUCCUGUGGAGAUACGUGCUUCCUUUCAUGAUGAUGCAGAUCUCAACAGCAGCUGUGUAACUGACUUGAAGCCGCAAUCUGGAAUUGCUCAGUCUCGUCAGGGGGGUGCAACUCGCAAGGCAGGCUGGCUGACUGUUAAGCAUGUCCUUGUAAGAUUAAAGUCAAGCAAAGUUGACCUUGCAUCAGACAGGAAGUGGCGUAAAUGUUGGGUAUCACUGAGAAGUGGUGCCCUGAACUUUUAUUUUUGUAAUGAAAAGACUGUAAGUCCUCAAGACUUGGAUGAACCAAGCUUUUCACUGGAAAUCGAUGGCUGCAUUGCCCAGGCUGUACCAGAACAUGCAAAGCUGGACCAUGUGUUUAGUGUCAGUUCCAGACUUGGGGAAGCAUACUUCUUUCAGGCAUCCAAUCAAACCGAUCUUGAGAACUGGAUAACAGCAAUACAUUCUAUGGCUGCCUCUGUACUGGCAGGUCCUGGACAAAGAGGAAAACAUGAAAUGCUGCACAUCCUUUCAACCGAAACCAGUAGAGUAGAGGGGAAAAUAUCUUCAGACUCUAAACUCAAGAAAAUGGCAGAGUUACAAUCUACUGUUGUAACUGAUUCCAAGAACAAGCAGGCCUUUCUUGAUCAGAUUUCAAAGUGGGAUAAAAACCUAGAGCAGCUCAACAUUGACUUGUAUCGGCUACACUGCUACACAGCAGCUAUUCAAGGCAGUCAGCUGCCCAAUCCUCAAACACUUCUCGCUUGUGUGUCUAGAAACACUAAGCAAAUCCUUUCAAGAAUGAACAUUUUCUCUGUUAUGUCAUUCCAUGCUGUUGUCAGUGCAAGAGAUCCCAGUACAGAUGCAGAAGUAAAAACAAGAAAUAAAGCAAAGAGAUCAGCCAGUUCUGUGGGCAAGUUGAAAAGUGCAUUGCUUACGUCACUUAGAAUAAAUGAUGCAGCAAGUGUCAAGUCUAUUAGAGAUCGUUAUUCAGGGAGAGGUGCAGGAACCCCAAGAUUGAAACGACAGUCAAACUUAGAGAACAUUGAUGACGUUCCAGAGGAGGAGCCAGAGGUGGCUGCAGUGGAGAGAGCUUCUUUAUCAUCCAGUCACUCAGACUGGAAAAGUCUUGGAAACUUUUUACGUAUCAGCCUUGACAACAACCAGAGUACUGUCAUACCUUUGCACAAUGAAAUGACAAUAUUAGAGGUGGUCGAGAACACUUGUAGCAAACGUCAAUUUGAUCCUGCCGCAUACUAUUUGAAACUUGGAACAGAAGAUGAUUCAGGUGUAACAGAAUACGCCACUCCUCCGCAGGAUUCUUUGUUAGAAAAUCAUAGAUAUGACUGUCUAAAGUUAUGUGAAAAGUGCACUUUCACUGUCGAACUGGAGCGUUCAAUGGAGAUUGACAGACUUGACUUUGGUUUAUCAGUGGAGAGUAAAGGUGAAGGCAUUGUGGUCAGUUCAGUUGAAGAGGGAAGACUGGCACAUGUUCAAGGUGUAAGGAAAGGAGAUGAAAUUCUUGAAGUAAAUGAAAUUGGCGUACAAGAAGUGGAAAAUGCAGUUGAUGAUCUCCGGGAAGCUUUGAAGGACCCAUCCAUUACCUUAUUACUGCGAUCAUGUCGCGAUGAGCCACCAGUUGUCAAUAAAGUGACUUCAGACGCCAUUAUUUCCAGUCUUGUGGUACAGCCUCCGCCUAAAAUAAGUAAUACUAUUGCCGAGCAAGACCUGAGUGAUCUGAUUGUUCCUCCUCCUCAAUCAUACGAUGUUGAGAAAGAAACGGUAGACAAGGCCAGCGUGACAACAAGCCUGAUAGACGAAACCGACAGUCCUUCGCCUUCUUCACCUACCAAGAGUGUCGACGAACUUCUUCAGAGAGCGGAGCAAGUGACGCUGUUCUGUAGACAACAAGUUGAAUAUUCAGAUGAUGACGAACCCAAACCAAGUGUUCAUCUUAGCCAGGCGCAGAAACUGCGAAAAGUUAUCAUUGAACUCGUCGACACAGAGAGAUCUUAUGUGAAGGAUCUGAGACUUCUUCUAAAACGUUAUCUCGAUCCUAUGAAAGAUGAAAACUUCAUGUCACAAUCAGAGGUUCAAGCUUUAGUAGCUACUGUUCACGAAAUCCUGGACUUUCAAGUCAAGUUCCUCAAGGAAAUAGCAAGACCAUUGGAUUCCGAGACUGGGUUUGAGGAUUUCAACGCCGUUGAACAGUUUCAGAACGUUAUUUACACCAUUGGAGAGACCUUUUUUAACUACACGGAGCAUUUCAAGCUUUAUAGUGCAUUUUGCUCAAGUCACUCAAGGGUUGUGGAACUUCUUCAGUCAGGAACAAACACUGCACUGCACGAGUUCCUUCACGCCCGUAAUCCUAAGAAUCAGCAUUCAGGAACGUUAGAAUCUUAUCUCAUUAAACCCAUACAGCGAAUACUGAGAUAUCCUUUACUACUGAGAACAAUACUGAAGCUGUUGGACGGUGCUAGUGAAGAGUAUCACUGUCUUUUAGAGGCCGUCGUUGCAAUUGAAAAAGUCGCUGAGCACAUCAACGAGAUGCAAAGGAUCACAGAACAGUUCUCGCCAGUUUUCCAUCAGUUAAUUGACGAGUUUGGAGGAUUUGAGCUUGCUGACGUCAGUAUAGAUCGCCUAUUGCAUCAUGGGAAAGCUCGGUGGCUUAAUUGCCCGGAUGAGGUGAUCCGAAGUGGAACUCUCAAAAAGUACCCAGUCUCUCCCAGAAUAGGGAAAAAGAUGACUCCUGGAACCAUGCACCUUUUUGCCUUUGAGAAAGCGCUUAUCCUUCUCUACGUGGAGCGGAAACAGAAAAAGAAAGACAGAGAUCGACUUUCCUCAGUAAGCAGUGUGGACGAAAUCAAGUUUAAAACCAUUAUUCCCGCGUCUUCGCUUGUUAUACGAGAUUACUGCUGGUUAAACGACGGCUCGGAGACGCUUCACUCAUGGGAGCUUGUAAAUAUUAGUGAUACAGCUGAGAUUGGCAGACAAGAAUGCAACUAUUUGUUUGCAAACAAAACGGCUGAGGAAAAGAGAGAGAUGGUAAAACACAUCAAGGAAACAAUAAAGCGAAGUAUGAAAGCUGGCUCCUCUUUGGCAGCCGCACCUGCGGCCCGGUCCUCAAGCUUUCGACGUAACAAUACGGAAGACAGGCUCAAUUCGUCAGACCCAGGCCCCUUCUUGCGCCUCAGCAGUGACCCUUCGUCCGUGUUUCGACGGUCGUUUAGUCACAAUCCCGAAGGCACCAAAAAUCGGAGAUCCUCACUCGAAAGCGACGCGUCCCAUAGCUCCGAGGGUAACGCGGAUACUGAAUCCAUCAGCAGUGGAACAGUGAAGGAGAGAAAAAUCAGUUUGAAGAGAAAAAAUAAAGCGGUGUCUCCUUUAGGCGUGGAAAAUGGUCUGAUUAACUUAUAAAGCUGGGUGCGUACAGUGCGUCAGACCUUGUUUAUCUUACAGAGUUUUAUUUUUCCAAAUUUUAAAGAAUCAUUGUACAAAAGUGUUGUAAAAAAUCGUUGUAAAAAGGGUCUUUAUGUAUUAUUUAUGUCGUUUUUUUUCACCGUUGUUGUAGUCGUCUCGAGUUUUAACUGUUACUUUUUAAUUCUAAUUUCAGUAGUAGUUGUUUUCUCAAUGCACACGGUUUUCACACGGUCUCAGUUUUACAAUAGAAUAUCAGUAUCAACUUAGAGCGAGUAGCACAAAAUUUUAAAUACCAGAAAGUUCUUUUUUCUGAGCUUGGGCGAGAAUCGGCCUUGAAAAAUAUUUAUUCAGUCAAGGAAACAAGUGGGUUUUUUUUCGUUUAUUUUGCACAAGCAUUCCGAUUCGCGUAGUCCAAUGCAAAAGUAGCGCUUUUACUCCUGUAUCGACCUGUAUCAUGGCGUUUAAGCGUAAAAAAAUUGUGUUUUGAGGAAACUUUGUUGGUCGACAGAAAGCAGUUGUCAAUUUAAUUCGGAUUAUAAACUACUUUUAUUUAUUGUAAUAUUAACCUUUAAACUUGAUCUUGUUGGUUUUGAACAUAUCGGUACUCUCAACUACAGAUACUGUUGU